AUGGAUUCGAGUCCUGGUCCCCACCGUAGCCACACUCGCGGUCAACCCUUCCACCUUCAGCCUUCAGAAGGGGAAUAUGACACAUCUUCCGUCAACACUACAUCAACACAAUCAAUAGAUAUACCAGAGUCGAGUUCGCAUAAUGUAAGCUCGGAAGUCUCUACUCCCGGAUACGAGUACCAAUCAUCUCCCAAUGCUCCGGCGAAACGGUUAAAUGAGUCGGCUCCUCCACCAGAGACAAUGUACCCAUUAAAGCGAUUAAAGGUGGAGGAGUCUGAUUCCAGCUCGUCCAAUUGUUCAUUGUCAGAAUGCUCUAUGCCCGCAGAAGCCCCAGCACCGGAUUCCGAGUCUGAGAGGUCGUCAAGGGUUAAGGUUGCGGGAAACAAACAGUUCAGAUCGAGGUCGUUACCCCCCAACCUUCGACGGAGAAGACGAACGCAACAGGAAAGCAUCCAACAGCACAUCCCACCUGUCACCCUGAACACCCUGAGAGAGCUCGACUUGCAUGAGAUCUACCGCAAUCCUAAGCUUAGACACGACGUUGUUUUCGAUUCACAGCUUCAUUUCCGACCGAAUCUUGAUGGGACUAGGGGGAGGAGAAAGAAGGAGAUGGCGGAUAUGUACUGGCAGAUCGUCCUGCGGGAGUGUGAGGUGGUUUUGGGAUCAUCCAAGUGGAGGAAUGCCGAAAUGUUCUCGACAACACCGAGGAAGCUACCGAUCUUAUUCGAGACGAUGCGUGAUAUCUUAUUGACACUGGUUCCAAAAACAGACAGGUCGGACGUUGAGUCUAUCUUGGAUCCCCCUCUUUUGAUGCAGCAAUUGAAGCACAACGUGUUGGAUUUCAAGGGGCUGUCGUUGUGGCUGGCUACGGUCUUGAAGGCGCAUUGUGCACCGAUGAGGGAUCAGUGGGUGGAACAGAUGGUGGUUAAGGUAGCUCAUGGAGUGGAUAAUAGAAAAGUGUCUGCAUUAGUAGAAGGAAUACAGAUGGUUUUCGGGAUUUUGGAAGCUAUGAAACUGGAUGUUGCCAACCACCAGAUUCGAACACUUCGACCCCACCUAAUUUCUACGGCUAUCAGCUUUGAGCAAGGUUACUUUCAAGAUCGAAUAGACCAGGGACGUCUGGACAUGAAGGAGCCAAGGAGUUGGUUUUCGAAUGCUGUAGCGGCCCGCAACACGAACGAAGCCCUCGACCACAUGGUCAUCUUUACGGGUGCCGUGGUAGAUAUGCUCGCUUCCUCGCAGUACGCCAAAUACCCAGCCACCUUUGUAUUCGACUACGAAAGGUUAGAAGGUCUGCGGGACGACAUUCGGGAAGCGACAUGUCUCAAGAUGGCUAUCCUCUUCUUCCGACAGCUGACUCUAUCAUCAAAACGGGAUGUGGAUGCGGCAACAAUUGACAAACUUCGAACGUCGAUAAUCGCUAUCUUGGGAGACGAGGAUGGUGUUCACCGAUGGUUACGGCAUAGCAACGCCGUUGCCCUGCACGUUGCUCAGACGGCCUACGAGUUCAAUGGCUCAACUGGGAUCGCCGAUGCCUCCACAGUCAAGAUGGCAGAAAAUUGGUUCGCGAAGCACCUCCAGAUCAACUCACCGAUCUAUGUACAUGUGGAAAAGGAGAUCUCCAAGGAACUGACGGGAAUGGUCCUCCGUAUAAUUAAAGGGUGGUCCUCACUUUCCACUUUCUCCAUUAUGCAAUCGGCCGAUGUUACGGGAUCUUCCAUGGAGCUGGCCUCGAUAGCCCAGAGAGCAUCGCAUAUCGUCUUUAUGCACUGGCGGAUAUUCGGAAAAAUGUAUUUGGCGUCGUGAUUUCGUUUGCCCCGGAUAUCGAUUUGUUCCUUCCACCCAAACCUUUUUCUUUUUCCCUUUUCCACCUACCGCAACAGUAAUAUGUUUAUAAUACAUCGCCCAAUCUUUCCUUAUUUUUUACCCAUUUUCCUUUGUUUUCGGUAUAAACGGGGGGGGUUUUUUUUUUGGAGGCAAGGUGGUGUCUAUUUAUUUAUUAUUUCGGUUUACUUUCCUGCUUAUUUCCUUUUUUAAUCUGUGUUCCUUUUUGUUUUAUUUUUAUUUUUAACUUUGUUUUCUGUUUUAGUUGGGAUGGGUUGAGGUUUUUGGCUUUUUGGCUUUUUUUUUUUUUUUUUCACAAAUAAAAUAUCAUAUGUGCGAAUUUGGGGGUCUUUCCUUGUUUCCUUUUGUCAGUUUUCCUUUUGUUUCCUCUUCCUAUAAACAGCGGCGUAUUUAGAGUGGAUCGGCGGUAGAAGUGAAUCCAAAUUAAUGUGAUAUCUU